AUGGAGCACAGACACCGUUUUCAAUCAGCUACUUUUUCUCGAUUCACUUAUUGCGAUUACUGCUCUGGCUUUAUUUGGGGCUUGAAAUCUCAAGGUUUACAGUGCACAGGGUGUGGAUAUACGUGUCACUAUGGGUGCAAGAAUAAGGCGAUAUCAACGAACCGAACAGCAUGCAGCAACAGCAACAACAAAACACCAGCUGAACGUGCACUCUUGAAUAUCCAAAACGAGAUACCUCAUGAUCGAAUAAAGAAACGACGCGAUAGCGAACAUGAUGAUGAUGAUCGAGCAGAUGCAAAACGAGAGAUAUCAACCGUGGAUCUCAUCAAGGAUGUAUUGAUUGCUGCCUCUGCUGAAGCUGAUGAGAAAGCAGCAAAGCGAAUGCCUGUCAGUGAAUAUCUCGAGCAUCAGCCGCCACUCAACCCACAAACCACUGCCAAGAAUUUUUCACGCUUUAUCGGGAGAUGCGGACCCGUCUUUGCUUUACGAGAUUCAAUCAUACUGCUCAUCAGUUGGGAAAAGCCAUUGGAUACAUGGAUUGCGAUAUUGGUGUAUUCCCUUGUAUGUAUGUAUCCCAAGCUUCUCCUCGUUGUGCCUCAGCUGGCUAUUUCCUUUCUUUUGAGACAUGGUCCUGUCAAGGAGGAGAAUGACGUAUCCAUGGAGACACAACCAUCUGCUACUACCAGCAAUCAACAACCAACAAAGAGCACCUCAUUCAACAUUCGUACACAUUCACAAGAACCAACAACAUCAGAUAAUCAACCAGACCUCGAUACCAAUAUCAAUGAUACGGCUGGAUCCAGUAGCAGUGGCGGUGGAGGAGGUGGUGGUGUAUUUGCUAAUGCACUCAAUAUGGGUAUCCCGCUUUUGGCAAUGUCUGGUAAUACAUCGCCCGAGUAUCGCAAGAAUCUACAAAACAUUCAAAACACCAUGGGCGAGUUUUCAGAUGUGCAUGACAUGCUUCUACACUAUGCACAACAUUGGUCACGAUCCGAUACACCCAUGGCUCAAUUCAGACAACUUUUGGUGGUAUCUUCUCUUGUCACUUUUAUUUUGGUAUCCAUCAUCCCUCUCAACUACGUAUUUCUCUUUGCCGGUCUUGCAGUCUUUUUCGCCAACACACGCUUUGCCAAAGCAUUGAUGCAUCUCAUACAACAAGAUCGACGCUUUUUCAAAAAGAUUAUAUCACCACUGAACGCAUUCCAACCACCAACUUCCGAUUCAAAUGAACCUAGUUCCAUUACAACUCGCAUAGUAUCCAUCUUUGAGAAUCAACGAUCCUAUGAUGGUGGCAACCAUUUUGUAUCAAAGCUGGAGCCUGGGGACAAGAGAAGUGCUUGGAGCAAUUUGUCGGGAUCGCUUUCGUUUCCUCCUCCUUGUAAGCUGCAACCUCCUCAAGGUUUCCAAUGGCAACAAGAUUCUGAAUGGGUAGUGGAUAAAGAGGGACCAUGGCAAGAACCAUAUCUUGGAAUAGGUCAAUAUUGUGGUAGUGGAAGCAACCAUGGGUGGAUUGUUACUAAUACAUUUGCAUAG